UCGGAACACAUUCCUGAUAACACAUUUGAUUUGAGUGCGUACGAAAACAAGAACUGAAGAUGUAUGGUCGCGAUGUGACGUUUAUCGCGCUUGGAUUCUUUCUUAUAUUAUUUUGCGACAAGACGUCGUCAGAAUGCACGCAACCGUGUUUCUGCACUCUGCCGAAUGGCCAAUACUACAAUUUGACCGGCCUAGCUUACGAUAAACCAUUAAGUCAGAAGAAAGGUGACUGGACAGUAAAAUUUCAUCCAUGUACAAACAUAAAACUAGACACACUUGCAAAUUGCACCAAUACGUCGCUAUGCACAUAUAAUAAUAAUAGUAAUUCAAUAAAUCUCGGAAGAGUAGAGGAAACACAAAUGAAGUUAAUUGAAAAUGAAAUUCCCGUUUUUGAAAUACACCAUGAAAAUGUAACAUCAAGAAUAACUAUUAUGUGUACUAGAAGAGUUACUUUUCUUAUGGUAGAUUCUCCUAAUCUCAGGCCUAAUACAGAAUAUUAUUUUACACUGGCAUCGCCACACGGAUGUAAAUUAGACCCACCCAAAAAACCGAUAAACAAGGGUUUAUCUACGGGUUCUGUCUUGGUUGUUCUAUUUUUCACCUUUGCCGGCGUAUAUUUUAUUGGCGGUAUUAUGGCAAUGAAAUUUUUAAGAGGGGCAACAGGUUGGGAAAUGUUGCCAAAUCACGAUUUCUGGUGUGAGCUUCCUUCGCUAGUCCGAGACGGCGUUAUCUUUGCCUGUAAUUGCUGUCGAGCGGAUAGUUACGAAAGAAUAUAAAAAUUGUGCUUAUUAUAAGUUAUUAUAAGUAGUAUUUUUGCAAUUAUAUAUUUUUUUGAUUUUAGAUAAAGUCUAUCUUUACAAAUCUUGUUUUUUUUUGUAUAUUUAUAUAGCGACUUAAUAUACAGAAUGAAUUACGUUAUAAUUGCAAUUAACAAUUAUGUUGUAUUUGUUAAUUGUCAAUUAAAUUAUAGGUUUUUGCGCCUCUUUGUUGAACAAUAGGGCACAUGUAGAAACGCGUAUCUCUUCGUAAUGUACAUUUAAUUUGAAAAAAAAAAAACUGCUUGCAGUUAUGUUGCUCUCCUACGUUGCUUUAUUUCCGCUUUGCGCGUACUUUUGUGUUACGUUAAAAAAUUGCAACAUAGUAUAUAUGUAGUUAUACACACCGUAACAAAUGUGAUAUAUUUUAUAUCUCUGUUACAUAUUAAUAUUAUUCUCGUGUUAAGUUCUUCUCAGUAGCACAAAUAUGUCAGUUUUAUGCAAAAAUCGAUUUAUUGCGUCGUCGCCGUAUGUACAUAUGUACAAUGAAUACCUGAUUGCAAAAAAAAAACAUUACAACAAAGCACCAAAGAAACUCGACAAUUUGAAUGUAAAGUGCGUUUGUUUUGAGGCACGUUUACAUAUUGAUAAACAACAAACGGGAAAAGCGAUUGCGUGAAUAAUUAAGACUAAUGUAAACAAUUCACGCGUCGCGAUCGUAGGCUUAUUGUGUAUUUCGGCAUUGGAAGGGCCUUAAUUAACACUAAUAAUACGAAUAUAAUAUCGAUAAAAUAAUGUUAUUACGAAUAUAUAUUAUUCUUCAAAGCAAACAAAAAACUGUCUCUGUAAAUAUAUUUUUUAUAAAUAUACUUUUCAUUGCAGUAUUAGUAAUUGCGAAUUAAGAUCUUCGCUGUCUCUUUUUGACAAUUAGGAUAGUUCUUGUACCUUUCUUACACUGUGG